UCUAUUGAUUUGUAUGAUGACUGUGUAAUGAGUUUGCAAGUCCAUAAAGUAAAGUGACACAGAGAGAUUUGUUAACGGGGGGUUCGAUUAACCUACAUCCCCGAGACCUAGUCCAGAAACCAUUCACUAGAAAAGUCCGCAACCUACCAUUGCUAUAUGGCAUCCACCACUCUUUUCUAGAAUUACAAUGAAAGAAGAACUACUACUCAUUGUCUUUUCUGACAAGUAUAGGUCUUCAACUGAUACAGGAAAAGAGAUAAGAAGAGUAGCACGUGUGGCACGUGAGAAGGAGAGGAGUUUCUGGACACGUGGGAGAAGUUUAUUGGUCGAAAAUGUUUGUUAGAUGGAGAAAGAGCUGAAGCAUAUAAGAGAGAAGCGAAGAACAUUUGCGGAAUUGCCCAGAAAAAUAUCAAUUUGUGUGAUCUUCUUCUUGUUCAAUUCUCUCUGUAAACUCUUUAAGUUUGUUGUUCCAUUGUUGUUAGAGCUGAUUCUUCUUCUAAGUUCUAUCACUUGGAAUUUGGAUUCUCGUUUCAUGAACGACGAUUCAAUUUAGUGUUGUUGAUUUAGAUUUUCAUUUGAGUUACAGUUUUCCUGUAACAAAGGUAUCAGAGCUAAACGACCUCGGAAUCCAUGGCGGACUCUAGAUCGCGGUUUGAACAAGUGAUUGCGGAACAAAAUGAAAAGAUUGACAAAAAUAUGACGGAACUGUUGAAAGCAAUUAGAAGCAUCUCCGAUAAGGUGAAUAACACAUCAUCGCGUGGUCUUCAACAUCGACAAUCAUAUCCGACGGCUUCGGAGACUUCAGAAACGGUGUCUCCGUCACCGGAAGUGGUUCGUGGUCACAACUCUGGUAUGAAUUCAAACUACUCAGCUGUUACUUGUUUAUCAAAGCUGGAUUUUCAUAGAUUUAGUGGAGAAAGGGUUAGAGAAUGGUUGUUUGAGAUGGAACAAUUCUUUUCUCUUGAUUUUACUCCGGAGGUGUUGAAAGUAAGGAUUGCAUCGAGUCAUCUAGAGGGAGUUGCAGCAAAGUGGCACCAAUCGUUGUUUGAAUCUGAUUUUGGGGUUAAAUUGUUGAGUGAUUGGGGAAGGUAUAAGCUACUGUUGCAGAAACGUUUUGCUGAAAUGGUGGAUGAUCCAAUUGCAGAACUGAACCAAUUACAAGAAAUAGAUGGGAUUGAUGAGUAUCAUACUCGUUUUGAGUCUAUACGCACUAGACUGAACUUAUCAGAAGAAUCUUUGGUUAGUGUAUAUUUGAGAGGAUUGCAGAUGGAUACUCAGAUAAAUGUUAGAAUGUUUCAACCUCAUUCAAUCCGUCAAUGUUUGAUGUUAGGGAGGUUAUAUGAGCGGUCUCAUCCCAAGAAAAACAAUCUGAACAAUAGGUAUGUUGCUAAAUGGAGUGGAAGUAGCAUUCAGUCUAAAGGAAUUUUAUCACCUAAACCGGAGCUUGUUCAUAAAACAGUUCUUCCUUCUACUAUAGAAAAACAAGUGGAUACUAUAGCUCAGCCUCACAAAAAAGCUUGUGGUGAAUCAGAAGAAGUUCAGGUGGAGAAGGUAGUUAUAGCUCAUAUUUUGGUUAAUGCAAUUUCAGGAGCCUAUGAUUGUAGAACAAUGAGGGUAAAGGGAUCUUAUGGGAAGCAAGUAUUGUAUAUACUCAUUGAAUCAGGUUCUACACAUAAUUUCAUGGAUUCUAAGGUAGCUGAGAAGUUGAAAUGUGUUCUAAAACCUGCAAGUAUGGCUCAAGUUUCAGUAAAUGAUGGCAAAUUGUUGAAGGUUGAUGCUAGUAUAGAUAAGUUUCAAUGGGAAUUUAGAGGUACAAAAUUUCAGACUGAUCUUAUGGUACUUCCAUGGGGUGGGUGUGAUAUGGUGUUAGGCAAGCAAUGGUUAGAUACUUUGGAGUCCAUAACUUGUGACUUGGAGAAGUUAAUGAUGCAGUUUCGUAUUGGACAUAGAAAAGUUCUUCUUCAGGGUAUUAGGCAAGGUUCUGUCAGAGACAUGAAAGCUAUAAAGCUUAAUAAGCUAAGGGAAGAUCAACUUCAACUUUCCAUGAUAGAUGGUCCUGAAGUUCCUGCUGGGGAACUGAUGUUAGUAUGCUCUUUGGAAGCUAAACAUCAAUCUGACCAAACAAAGUCUGAAGAGGAGCACAUGGUUCAGCAAGAGCAUUCUGUCGAUAGAAAGAAACUGCAACAUGAGCUGGUUGGUGAGACUGAUUUUACAGUAGAAGUGGUGGAUUGGUAUGAGCGAUCACCAAGUGUGAAGAAAGAAGAACCGGCUUGUGUAAAUAUCAAUGAAUUCAUUUCAUUCUCUCAGGUUAUCUUUAGUGUGAUGGUGUUUCACGUGUGGUAUAAACGGAAGUUUAAACACCUACAAGCAGUUUUAGAGGGUCGUGAUGCAUUGAUACUACAACAGUCUCUGCUUGAUAAUGAGGGGUUCCAGAUCAAGCACAAGUGGCCAUUUAAACUCUUGUCGUCAAUCUUAGAGCUGGAAUUAUACUUGGACAGGCUCGUCCCUAACUAUGCACCACAGUUUCAUAGCUUAAGACUGAUCAUUCUUAUGAGUAUGGGGUUGUUUACAAAGCUAAGAAGCUAACUGCUUCCUUCGGCGUGGAAAUGGAGUGUAGAACACUUGUUCCUUGCAAAUCAGAGGAAAAACGGCGUAGCAAACCAACCCAGAAAAUUACAAAAUUUGGUGGGAAUAUCAACAACAGUCAUCCAAAGCCACAGGAAAAAACGGAUCACGAUUUGGAGUUUCGGUUUGAGAGUUACGUCCAAUUUCCUAAGACAGAUCCAGACUGGUACGACCUGCGAGUAUCCAACUUUGAGAGCAAUUUCCCAUUCAACCACAAGGAACCAGAAGUAUAUCUCUAUAUCCUUGGAAAGAUGUUGUUCUCAAGUUUUCAGAACAUCUUUCAAAGCUAAAAUCUGAAGUCUGUAGCAACAUAAACGAAGAGGAAAGUAUCCACCAGAAGACAGAGCCAUAUUCAUAAAAAACUGUUGUCUGAUCUCUUCUCAAAUAUCAACGGCAGCUGUAAAAGCCAUAAACCACAUUAUGAGACCUUUUCUUUUGAGCAUCUCUUCUUCUUCUUACGGCAUGAACUAUUGAUGGUUGCAUCAAGACCAAAAAUCUCUUUCUCUAUUCUUUGAACAUGAACAAGAGCAUUAACAAGAUCAUCACCAUUUAGAAACAAUACUCCCAUAACUAUCCAUAACACCAUUGUUGCUUUAAGUUCCACUCACCAGAGAUUUAAUCACCACUUUCACAUCAAACAACACAACAAAGACUCCAUAGCAGUAGUUCUUUAAUGGCUGAACGAUCGCACCUACAAGGAAUCUUAAUUCCUCUUUGCUUUGCUUUGGAUCGUCUAUAAGAAGCUGCCUGUGGUUAGCAACAAUCUUCUCCCCCUUGUUGACUGUGUGAUUCAACUAAGGAUAUAUCCAAACCAUGAAUCACAUAAUCAACACAUCACACACUGAAUUCAUUUAAGCUUAUAACAUCCACAACUUUGACUCUGAAAAUAAUAUCACAGGCAUCUCGCUCCUGUCUCUAAUUCCAAGACCAAAAGAAGGCUCCCUUUGAGAUCUUUUUUCAAAAAAAAUGCAAAUUCACACUAUAGCGCCAAACUCCAGCCAAGAAAACAGUCCUCAGCAAUCUGAAAAUAACUUCACAAUAUCCACAGCAGAUUUAUUUCCAUUACGAAGAAAAUUUCACUUUCAUCACCACACCUUCAGAUAAGUCUUCUUUCCCCACUUCUACACAAUCAACUUUCUUCUACUCACUGUUGAGUCUUGAUACCUAGUUGAUUGUGAUUUCCUGACCUAGGAACAUUAAAAAACUUCUGUUUCUUUUUCCAAACAUGAGGUCUUGAACUAAGCUUCUUCUCCUGCCUUGAUGCAGAGCAUAAACGAGAUAAUAGAACAGCCCAGAAAAAAACCAAAAUGUUGUGAGAUGAUCAAGGGCAGCAAUAUGAAGCCACAGGUGAAAGCAGAUCAUGGUUCGGGUUUACGGUUUAGAAGUUAUGACCAAAUCUCCAAAACAUAUCCAGAAAGAUACAACCUGCGAUGAGCCAACUUUGAAGGCAGAUUCCCAUCAAACAACAAGGAACUAGAAAGAGAUCUCUAUAUCAUUGGAAAGAUCUCGCAGUAACCUUUCCAGAACAACUUUCAAAGUUAAAAUCUGAAAUCAAUAGACAUAGAAAAGAUCUGAGACAGAGUAAUAUCCAUGAAGCCCAACAUCUUAAAACAAUCGAAGGCAGUAGAUGGAGAUAAUACAAAGCUUCUCAAAUAUAAUUUUCAGCCACGGACAAAACACCACACUUUGCAACAGACUAUCCUCAGCUUCAUUGCUUUCCCUUCCCGAUUAAAGUCAGACAAACAUGAAACCUCUUGUCGAAUUAGACUCACUUUCUUUCUAUUCAAAUCGGAGAAAAAUAACAUGAGGGUGUGUUAUUAGCUCUUUUCUCUAAAUUUCCCAACAAGAGUAACACUUGUGAUUGCACAGAACCAAUGAAACAGACAUUGAAUCCUCUGCGGCGCUAUCGGUGAGUGUGAGAUGAACGACUUCUUCUCUUACCCAAAAUCAAAGUUAACAACAGCACUUUGUCUCUCUCUUCACCUUCAGAGACGCAGAACUAGGACUCACCCCAGAUUCUGGUCAUCAACUAUGAAUCCAGUGACAUCUUCUUUGCCUGCAACUCUCUUUAGAAAACAACAGAGCUCACAAAGAUUCGUCGAUCAUCACUUCUUCUAUUCACUUAGAUCUUUAAUUUCACAAGACUGAGAGAAUUCAAUCUCUCAAAAUAACUCAAUCUAACUCAGAAACUGAAACACCUUUUCUGGCAUAAUUCUCUCUAUCAGCAGAACUAACGAAGAAGAAGACUCUGAUGCACACAUGUCCAAAACGACCCAAAGAAAAACCUCUUUUUCUUUAAUGGAUGUUCUAAAUAAUUCACAUACUCCAUAGUUGGCUUUUAUGGGCCUGAAACGAUUCAUAACACAUAGGUCAAAAGUUUAAACCUGGCCCAUGUCGAAAACUCAUCUUGCUUCAAACUCUUAAUUUCUUCGACGACAAGGAGCUUCCCGUAGACGUCCCUAAGAAUUCCGGUGGACAGUCUAAACUGACAACUCCAACGACUUGACAUCAAUUCAAUCAUCCUCAUCUUUCUCUGUUUCUCUUGGUUUCUUCAAUUCAACCAAACUUAAGAGACUCUGAAUUUUCUUCUCAAACAACACAAAGCUUCUCUUCUCUCUUAUCUAGCAACACAUCCAAGGUCUAACCUGUUAGAGAUAGUAAUCUCAGAUUGGUUUCCCGCUCUGAUACCAAUUGUAAAAACAUAUAUGUGCUAGAUCUAUUGAUUUGUAUGAGGGAAAAGGGCAUUGCAAACGUUUUGUUUUCUUCGAAAAAAAAUUGUGGAACAUCCACACACUGGGGAUUCGAACCCACAACCUCUUCCAUGUUUAGCAUAAGACUUAACCAAUUUA